AUGGCAGACAGGCACAAACUUACCUGGGACAUGGGCCCGACGAUCUCGGCGACGCCGUUGCCGGAGGGGGUGGAGAGGGUGUUUAUCCCGUCGCCGGACGGGAUGUUGGAGCUUUUGGUGGCGCUUCCGCCGGUGGGCUCCUCGGGGGCGGGGGAGGAGAGGCCGCCGUUGCUGUUUGUUCAUGGAGGCUUCGGCAGUGCCACCUGCUACAUAAACCUCCUCCCCUUCUUCGCCUCCCACGGCCACCCAUCGUACAGCCUCUCCCUCCGCGGCCACGGCGCCUCCCACCACCCCGGCUUCUGGAAGCUCUACUGGACCACCAAGCACACCCUCGCCCUCGACAUCGCCACCGCAAUCACGCACAUCCGCCGCCUCCACAACAUCACCUACCCCAGCACACCCACCGCCCCCCCCCCCCCCCCCGCUGCAACGGCGUCAUCCUCUGCGGCCACUCCUCCGGCGGCGGCCCAUCACAAUACCUCGUCUCCCGCUCCCUCGAGACCGUCGGCGGCCUUGUCGCCCUCGCCCUCGCCGCCGUCCCCGGCUUCGGCUCCUACGGCGUGUACUACAACUGGCUCGUCAUGGACCCGUGGUUCGCGCUGCGCAUGUACUUCCGCGACCUCCUCCACCCGCGCUCGCCGCUGUCGUCGACGGCGCUGGUGCACCGCGCGUUUUUUUGCGGCGGGGAGCCCGGCCGCGCUGGUGGGGGAGGUGGAGGCGGAUAUGGCGCAGACGGAGAGUAUGGCGUGGCCGCUGGGGAUGGUGGCGCGGUUUGUGGAGCCGGGGAGGGUGUUGGUGGUGGCGGGGGGGUGA